AUGUCCCAUGCUGUCUCUCAUCUGGUCCUUACCUCCCUCCCGCCCUCCCUCUCUCCCUUCCUCCCUGCCUCCCUACCUCCCUCCUUCCCUCUCGUCAUCCCUCCAUCCCUUCCUCCCUGCUUCCCUUCCUCCCUUCCCCUCCCGCCCUCCUUCCCUCGCUUCCUCCCUGCCUUCCUUCCUCCCUCCUUCCCUCACUUCAUCCCUCCCCCACUUCCUCCCUGCCUCACUUCUUGUCUUCCUCCCUCCCGCACUCCCUCCCUCCCUUCCUCCCUGCCUGCCUACCUCCCUCCUUCCAUCCCUUCAUACCUCCCUCUCUUCCUCCCUGCCUCCCUACCUCCCUCUCUUCAUUCCUCCCUUCCUCCCUUCCUCCCUUCCUCCCUGCCUCCCUACCUCCCUCCCUCCCUCCCUCCGUCCCUCCAUCCCUCCCUCCGUCCCUAA